AUGCCCAAACGCUUCUCCUUUGCAGCUGGUGCGCCCUGUGGCCGGCGGCUUGUGGACUGCCCAGUGGUGCGCACCCUCCAGCAUGUUUCCCGGGCACUGCAGUGGAAGAGAGUUUCCAGCCUUCCAGCUCCAGCACGCAGCAACCCAGUGGACUUCUCCACCAUCCAGUGGGCGCGGCCACACCCUCCGCAGCGAGGUCUGGCCCGCAGCCCCGGGGUCGGUUUCCUGCCGAGAUAUUUUUUGAGGCCGCAGUCAGCAAACAAACAGUGUCAGGCUACCAAAGAUACUGGAACCAUUGCUGGCCUCAUUGUACUGAGAAUCAUCAACGAGCCAACUGCUGCUGCUAUUGCUUAUGGCUUAGACAAAAAGGUUGGGGCUGAAAGAAAUGUUCUGAUCUUUGACUUAGGAGGUGGCCCUUUUGAUGUGUCAGUCCUCACUAUUGAAGGUGGAAUCUUUGAGGUCAAAUCUACAGCAGGAGACACCCACUUAGGUGAAGACUUUGACCACAGAAUUCUGAACCAUUUCACUGCCGAAUUCAAGUACAAACAUAAGAAGGACAUCAGUGAGAACAAGAGGGCUGUUCGUCACCUCCACACCGUAGAACGUGCAAAGCGCACUCUGUCUUUCAGCACCCAGGCCAGUAUUGAGAUUGAUUCUCUCUAUGCCUCCAUUACCCAUGCCCAAUUUGAGGAAUUGAAUGCUGACCUCUUCCAUGGCACCCUGGACCCUGUGGAGAAAGCCCUUAGGGAUACCAAGCUAGACAAGUCACAGAUCCAUGACAUUGUCCUGGUGGGUGGUUCUACCCGUAUUCCCAAGACUCAGAAACUUCUUCAGGAUUUCUUUAAUGGAAAAGAAAUGAACAAGAGCAUCAACCCUGAUGAGGCUGUUGCUUAUGGUGCAGCUGUCCAGGCAGCCAUCUUAUCUGGAGAAAAAUCUGAAAAUGUUCAAGAUUUGCUGCUCUUGGACGUCACUCCUCUUUCCCUUGGUAUUGAAACUGCUGGUGGAGUCAUGACUGUCCUGACCAAGCGCAAUACUACCAUUCCUACCAAGCAGACGCAGACCUUCACAACCUACUCUGACAACCAGCCUGGUGUGCUCAUUCAGGUUUAUGAAGGUGAGCGUGCCAUGACCAAGGAUGACAACCUGCUUGGCAAGUUUGAACUUACGGGCAUACCUCCUGCACCCUGUGGUGUUCCUCAGAUUGAGGUCAUCUUUGAUAUUGAUGCCAAUGGUAUCCUUAACGUCUCUGCUGUGGACAAGAGUACUGGAAAAGAGAACAAGAUUAUCAUCACUAAUGACAAGGGCGGCUUGAGUAAAGAAGACAUUGAGCGCAUGGUCCAGGAAGCUGAGGAGUACAAAGCUGAAGACGAGAAACAGAGGGACAAGGUGUCUUCUAAGAAUUCACUUGAAUCCUAUGCAUUCAACAUGAAGGCAGCAGUUGAAGAUGAAAAACUUCAAGGCAAGCUCAAUGACGAGGACAAACAGGAGAUUCUUGACGAGUGUAAUGAAAUUAUCAGCUGGCUUGGUAAGAGUCAGACGGCCGAGAAGGAAGAAUUUGAACCUCAGCAGAAAGAGCUGGAGAAAGUCUGCAAUCCCAUCAUUACCAAGCUAUACCAGAGUGCCAGAGGCAUGCCUGGAGGGAUGCCUGGGCGCUUCCCUGGUGAUGGAGUUCCUCCAUCUGGUGGUGCCUCUUCUGGACCCACCAUUGAAGAAGUUGAUUAAGCCAAACUCUGAGCAGAUACCUUAGCAUUGCUCCACAGUAAAAAUUUGAAGGACCCAAAUUUGUACUACAUUCAAUGGCAGUUUUAAAAGUUACACUGCUA